GAAGUCCGACCAAGCCUGACGCCGACCGCCGCGCGAGAUGGCGUUCGGCCGCACGCCGUUCAAGGGCAAGAACUGCAAGGAGACGUUCCGGAACGUGCUGCACAGGGAGGUCGAGUUCCCGUGCGACACCCAACGCCGGAUGCCGGAGCUGACCGACCUCAUCUCGCGGCUGCUGCAGCGGGAUCCCGCGAGGCGGCUCGGGUACGCCGGCGGCACUGACAAGAUCCGGGUGCACCCGUUCUUCGCCGGGAUGGCGUGGGACAUGCUCGCGGAUGUGACCCACCCGCCCUACAUCCCGCCGCCAGCGGAGGACAACGCAGCCGACGGCGAGGGCUUCGACGUGAGGGACUACUUCAAGAAGCUCCACCAGUCGCCGGCACCGCCGCCUCCAGAGUCGGGCUCGUCGUCGUCGUUGUCGGACUACUCGUCGGUGUUCUGACUUGUAUAGCUUACGUGGCCGGCCAUGUGGAUGUGGUAGUCGACUUGCUCCUCGGUAGAUUGCGGUUCCGUAACAAGCGAACGGGGUGCCUGUACAGGCAGUGGCGCAGUGCAAACGUCGAGAACAGGGGCGUGAUGGUGUAAAUAAAUUCGGUGUAGCGCUGGUUGAGACGCGGAAGCAAUUUUCAGAGGUGCACGGUU